AUGGAGCUGGGUCUGGUGCUGAGGUUAUUAGUGAUAGGGAUAUUUAUUUCUGAAGCAUGGACACAAGGGAGACCAGGACCCAUGAGUUCAGAGUGCUUGGAGAACUUUUUGUGUAUAACACUGAGGGCAGAAUACUUUGAGGGCAAGUACUUAUCUUUUUCUGCUGUUGAUCAAUCUGGCAUAGCCUGGGAGCUAGAUGAGGCCCUGGCAUCACAGUGUGGCUAUACAGUAACUUACAGCAACUGGAAUAACAUUGAGUUUCGUGCUUCUGCACUAAGCUGCCAUUCUCAUGUGGAGAAAGAUACAUUCACAGUAACUAUACAAGUCAAAGCAUCUCAUACUCCUGAUAUGAAAAACGCUUCGGUUCACCUAAAAAGUGCAAGUUGUCAUUAUGGCCCAUGGAGUCCAAGACAGCUAGUAUGUGAAACUACCUAUAUGGAGGUUUCUGUUAGGAGGGAUGUUCCAAAGACUGUAAAGGACUUCAUUCAAGAUGAGCCUGAAGACUGGACUCUUGUCUUUCCAGAGGCUAAAUCAGGAGAAGCCUCAAUAUGGCAAAUAGUGUUUCAUCAACCAGAAGAGAAAAGGGCUCUGCUUGUGAGUGAUGCUUGGAGUGCUGGCUAUGGACUCAACAUCACAGACACCAGGAUUCUGCUGCGAGUACCAUAUAAUGCUGCACAAACUCAGCUGGUAAAGGCUCAGGGAAUUACUUUUUCUACAGUGAGAUCAAGUACAUUUUACAAACAGCAGUGGAUGAUCCUGAUGGUGGAUACUGCUGUGGUGUGUCCUGUAGAUGGUGUGGAUUACACUAACAAAAUGAUCAUCUGGACUGUUCCAAAAUACAUUCAAGCACUCUGUACUGGAGCAACUAGCUUUAAGGAUGUUCUUGUUGAAGCUGGUGUGAAUCUACACAAACUCUCUGCCAAAGAAAUGGCUUCCAGGAAAUAUGUGUUAUCUAAUGAUUUUGAUGUGAUUACAAUGAAGGUACCAAUAGGUGCAGAAGGUGGCUAUUACAAGACUUCUGUGAGCAGUGGACAACAUGGGGCAAGAUAUUGCAUCAACCUGUUCUUGGAACACCAGUGGGAGGAUAACAAAUGGGGACUAACCAAACAUACCAUCAUCAAGGAAAUAGAAACACCAUUUGAACUAGUAGAACUCACUGUAACAAACAACUCAAAUCUGAGUGCAAGGAUAAUGAAUGUGACAGUGGGAAUGUUCCUCCUGGAUGUGGAGCUUGUGAACUUGACCAUUGAGGGGGCAACUGUCACAGUACCUGAGGCUGUUCAGCAUGGGUACCGAAUGUAUGAGAUUAAAUACGCUAAUCAAAGCAAAGUCUAUGUAAUACAAGUGCCAUUUGAUGCACCAAGCAUUAAGAAAGAGUAUGUGAGAGAUGAUGUAAGAACAUACACACUGAAUGUCACACUGGAGUUCAUAAUUCAUCCAACAAGUGAGACCUUCUCUGUCCUCAUCAUUACACUAUCUGCUGUUAAAGAUGCUGUACUGCCCAGUGCAAGGGGAUUUUGUGACGAGAACAACGUCCAUCUCCACAUCACUCAUGGGAAUGUGGACCAGAACUGGAUGCCCUUCAUCUCAGGCCGACACCUGACCCCAGAGGCAGCGCAGAAGUACAACUACAGCCUCAGUGAUAAUGGCACUCACUUGGCCAUCUCUGUCCCUUUCCUUUCUUCCCUCCUGGACUAUGAGGAUAUUCAUAUGUCUGGAGUAUUGGCUUCACUCCAUUUAACCCUGAAAGAUGGAGUCACCUUUGCUAAUAAGAAGGACUUCUCAAUUUCCUGCAGAUUUUCCCCUUCAGAGCUCAUACAGUGCCUUCCCAAUGGCACUGUGGUUAUUACUGCAGUGAAACUGGUAAGACUUGCAGACCUGGACACCAGCCUCCUUGUGUUAAGUGACAGAAACUGCAAGCCCAGCCUAGUGACAGAGAAGACUGCAACUUUCAAAUUCAAUGUGAAUACGUGUGGAACAAAAAGAAAGUUUAAUAGCACAUCUAUAACAUAUGAGAAUGAGGUAGUCUACUUCAGACUUGGAAAUGAUUCACCAGUAUACAAAUUAAAGUUUGUAUGCUUAUACACAAUCAAGCAGACUGUUGAUGUCCAGUAUGAGACUAAGAAGAACCCAUCACCCAGUAUUAAGCCAGGGUUUGGCUCUCUUGACCUCUCAUUGAAGCUUUUUAAAGACGAGUCCUAUUCUGACCCCUAUCAAGAACUGGAAUUUCCUGUGGUAAAAUACCUGAAGGAAACAGUAUAUUUGGAAGUAGAACUGCUCCAGCCUGCAGAUCCAAGACUAGAACUAAACCUGAAAGACUGUUGGGCUACAAACUCCCAAAGUCAGGACAGCCUUCCACAGUGGCCAAUCCUCAUAAAUGGGUGUGAAAACAGCAAAGACUCUCAGAGAACAGUCUUCCACAAAGUCAAUUACAGCAACAGAGUAAAAUUUCCCCAGCACCUGAAGAGAUUUGAAGUGAUGAUGUUCACCUUUAUAGAAGGCACAACUCCAUUACAAAAGCAGCUGUAUUUCCACUGCAGCGUGGUGAUCUGCAGCACUAUGCCACAGCCUUCCGACUUCCUUUGUCAGAGGAGAUGCAAUCCUGGGAAACAUAGACGUGGUACAGCAGAAAUGUGGAUAAAUAGACAACACUUGAACUAG